GCUGCGGCGCUGAUUUACGUCACUGAGGCUGGGGGAGCACUUCUACUUCCGGGAGGAGACUGGAAGCAGCAGGAUGCUGGGCGAUUUGCUGCUCUUCGGGACACUGUUGGUCAACGCAGGAGCAGUGUUAAACUUCAGGCUGAAGAAGAGAGAGAGCCAGGGCUUUGGUGAAGAAGUGAGGGAACCCACAACAGGUGAUAACAUCAGGGAGUUUCUGCUGAGCCUGAGAUACUUCCGGAUUUUCAUCGCCCUGUGGAAUAUCUUCAUGAUGUUCUGUAUGAUUGUGUUAUUUGGAUCUUAAACCAUCUUUGGUGGACUUUGCUGCUGGCUAUAACAACCUGGGGAGUGACUUUCAGCUGGAAGUAAUGUCUUGUCCAUGAAAUUUAAAAAAAAGAAAAGCCAUGUUUUUAAGCAUUGCAAGUGUCUUGGUGUCUUAUUUCUUCGAAAAAGAGAAAUCUCAUGAAAUUGUGGAUUCUUUUUGUGUCCAAGCAUAUAUAAAGACGAUUUAUUUCGCCUGUG